CACCUGUUUGCCUCGUUGCACUUGAAAUCGCAAUGGUGCUCCCUUCUCUUCCUCCUCCUCAACAAGGCUAGCAAAGAGAAUCUCGACGGAUAAUUUGUUCAACGAUACCCUCACACUAUAUAUAAUACCACAUGGCAGUAGACGUACGAGACGUAGCUGUCAAGCUGGACGAGAGCAUCCUCGAGGUUCUCCCCGAUGGAGGCAAAGUAGUGUCAGUGACGACGUCGGGCCAAAGCGACUACUGCAACACAUUCCGCAUUGAAGUGAGCCUUCCGGAUGGGACUUCCCAAGCCUUCUUCCAAAAGGAGGCAAAAGGUCAGUACGGCUGGAACUUGAUGGAGGCUGCCUUCCAGUCCGAAUCUUCGACACACCAAUUUAUCCCCGAAUACGUGCCUAGGCCAAUCAAGCUGGGGACGUACAAGUCCGAUCCCGAUACGCACUUCUUCCUCGCCGACUUCGUCGACAUGCUAGAAGACACCAUCCCGGACCCAGGGCCAUACAUGGCUGCCGUAGUAGCACUACACAGCAGAAGUAUGGGUAAGUCGCCCGAAGGGAAGUUCGGCUUUGGCGUCAACACUCGGUUCGGCGACCUGGAGCAGUCCAAUGGGUGGACCUCGUCGUGGGAAGCAUUCUGGACAGGGCAGAUGCGCGACUUUAUCGACCGCGAGGAGCGGCUGCGCGGGCCGCUCAGCGAAGAUCAUUCCAAACUCAAGGAGCUUUUCUUUGAGAAGGUGCUGCCGCGUUAUUUGCGACCGCUGGAGACCGGGGGAAGGUCAAUCACACCCUGUCUAAUCCAUGCAGAUCUGUGGCCGGGCAAUGUGAAAUACAGGACUGAUAAUGAGACCGUGUGUCUGUACGAUGCUAGCGCACUCUGGGGCCAUAACGAAGUCGACCUGGGAGUUUUCCGAAAUCCGAGGUAUACACUUGGGGCGGCGUAUCUCAAGGAAUAUUGGAAACACGCCUCCCAGUCUGAGCCGGUGGAAGAUGCCGACAGCAGAAAUUCCAUUUACAUGACGAGGAACCAAAUCUUGCUCGCGACACUGUAUCCAAACGAGCCAGGACUACGAGAUGUUUGGGUUCAAAGCAUCCGGCUUUUGGUCGAGGGUGUGCUCUCUGAGGAAGCCGAAGCCGAAGCCGAAACCGAAACCGUAACCCAAGCGACGUCGGCGUUGGAGGCGAGCACGGCGUUGGAGGCGAGCACGGGCAAAAUCAAGACUCGUCUUUAAGGGUAGCAGACUGGCCCUCUUGAGGAUUAGUGGUUAGCUUUUUUUUGGGAGAUGGAUUGCCAUCAUUGCGGAGGAGCCAACCCCUAAGUGUACAUACAAAUCGAUGCACUAGACGCAAUGUAAUCGAAAGGUAUACCAAG